AUGGACACAGCCAGCUCGGCGCCGCCAGUUCAGGCUGCCAAUCGCACCACAGGCACAAUGACAGUGACGACGACCACUAUAACGAAAACUGUUACAACCACGACGACAGUCUUUACACCUUUCCGGUUCCUCGAUUUGCCUGUCGAACUCCGAAUCAUGGUGUAUGAAGAGCUGGUGGUUGUUGGCAAGGUCUUCUACACGCCCGACGACUACGCUGUCAAAACCGAGAAGCGCUUCAAGGACUGGAAGUCUUACCGCGCUCCACAACUGGCCAUACUACGGACUUGCAAGCAAGUCCACAAGGAGGCCGAGGAAGUCUACCUUGGCAAGAAUUUGUUCGUACUACCGGAUGAGAGCACCAGAAGACAACCACUGAUAGGAUCGGGCCUUUGCCCCAACUCUAUAAGCGAUUAUCGAACCUUCACCCAUAUACCGUUCCCCGAUCGGUGGCUCUUCUCGGCUUCAGCACCUCGUCUCAUCAAAAGCGUGAGCAUUGGCUUCAGCGGGCGCUCCUGGCAAGACUUAGGCGAUCAAUCCGAUAUGAGACUUUGUAGCAAUUUCGACAGCCUAGCACCUGCGGCUCGUCUCGAAUUUGCGCACCAGACAGCUAAGAAUUCUCUGAACGGAGAAUUGGAUGGCUAUAUCGAGGAUCUUCAUAGUUACUUCAAAAACGGCGGGGGCCCAAUCCUGAAGCGCCUGGACUACAUAGAGUUCGAUCUGACGAAUGCGUUUUGUCCGACAGGAUGCUGUCGUAUGGCAAAGCAAGAGUGGCCGCAAUUCAUGCUACUUGGACCGAAGAAGACAGGUUUCCUCGGAGUGAUUGACAAGCAAGAGGCAAACAUUAUCCUGACCAAGGUGUACAACCGCCUUUGGGGUUGGGAAAAGGAUAUGCAUGAGAAUUUCGAAGGAAAGCUCUCUGGGAGCAAGAGGAAGAUGACAGAGGCGUUUGGAAUGGUUUUCAAUCCAAAGAAGACACAUUGGGAGCAGUGGAAGGUGAACACUAAGAAGUAG